CAGCCCCCAUAGUUCCUUGCAAAAUCUCACAGACUCGGUUGCUCUGAAAUGCAUUCAACUGAACAGCGCGCACACGAGUUCAGUCGGGGAAGAAUUUAGAGGUUCACAAUGACCAGAGGUCCAGCUGUAAACUAGCUUGCUUUCAAUCAUUGUUAAUCCUUGGAAUGGAGCAAAGGUUGACAUUCUCUCAUACAUACAGUAUGAAAAUGGCUGCAGGUAGCACUUUAACUCCAUGUUCGUCAUUGUGAAAGGUUUCUCUCUCACCCCCUCUGUAAUGUUUAACACUGGAUCCUUUGUGGAACUUGUAAGGGAGGAGUGCUAACAGGAAUCUCUACUCAUUGUCUGCUUAGAACAUCUGAAUUAGAGGUUUAGGCCCUACUCUCUGGUUUCUAUGAAAAUUCCUAUAGCAAGCCUCUUCACUAUAGCAAUACCACUUAGUCGUUUGAUACAGUCAGAGGUAGACUUGGGACUCCAGUGUCCACUGUCAGGCCACUACCAUGGUGGACAAAGACGCUAUGGUGAGUGGGGAUAGGGCUGUGGAGGAAGAGGCUGAACUGGACCUGAAGGAGAACGCCCCUGGAGAGCCUGACCCUGAGAUGGCUCUUCCCCCACCCGAGGACUCCUCAGACGGCCAGACCAAGACAGCCCGGACCUGGGAGUUGUCGGUGGUGUUCCUGUGUUUCUAUGGGUUUAUGGUGCAGCUGAAGCCUGGGGAGCCCUUUAUAACACCAAACCUGCUCAGCAUGGAGAAGAACUUCACCAGGGAACAGGUGACCAAUGAGAUCAACCCGAUCCUGUCCUACUCCUACAUGGUGGUGCUGGUGCCAGUCUUCCUCCUGACAGACGUCCUGCGUUACAAGCCCGUCCUGGUCCUCUCCAGCCUCAGCCACGUGGCCAUCUGGCUCCUCCUCCUCCUGGGCUCCUCCCUCUUAGAGAUGCAGUUCAUGGAGUUCUUCUACGGCAUCACCAUGGCAGCACGCGUGGCUUACUCCUCCUAUAUCUUCUCCCUGGUCACCCCAGAGCUCUACCAACGCGUGGCCAGCUACUCGCGCUCUUGCGUCCUCAUGGGGGUGUUUGCCAGCUCGGUGCUGGGCCAGGUGCUGAUAUCCGUGGGCAGGCUCUCCUUCGCCAUGCUCAGUGCUGUCUCCUUGGCCUUGGUGUCCUUCGGCUUGGUGCUCUCCUGCUGCCUGCCCUGGCCCAAGAGGUCCCUGUUCUUCAACAGGGCCCACCACGCUGCCCAGAGGAACCUCCAGGAGCAGGCUGCCGCCCAGUCAGAGCUGGCCAGGAUGAAGCAGGGCGAAGCGGGCUUGGGUUCAGGUGAUACCCCCUCCCUGGCUCCUCUCAGCUCUGGUUCCUCCUGGAGGGACUCUGUGUUUAUUCAGAUGCUGAAGGAGCUGAGGAACGUGCCGCGGAGGCCCAGCCUGAGACUGUGGAGCCUGUGGUGGGUGUUCAACUCCGCUGGCUACUACCUGGUGCUGUUGUACGUCCAUGUCCUGUGGAACAAGGUGUACCCCGCCACGGAGAACAAACACGUCUACAACGGAGGGGUGGAGGCUGUCUCCACACUACUGGGUGCGAUCACGUCGUUUGCAGCAGGCUUCGUGAAGAUCCGCUGGAACGUGUGGUCUGAGCUGGUGAUCGGUGUCAUCACGGCUCUGCAGGCUGGCCUGCUGCUCCUCAUGGGGACCACCAGCAACAUCUGGGUCUGCUAUGUGGCCUACUCCCUCUUCAAGGGUUUCUACCAGUUCCUCGUGCCUAUCGCCAUUUUCCAGAUCGCCUCGUCGCUCACCAAGGAGCUGUGUGCCCUGGUGUUUGGGGUCAACACUUUCCUGGCGACCGUUCUGAAGACCAUCAUCACCCUCAUCGUCUCUGACAAGAAGGGUCUGGGACUAGACGUGCACUCCCAGUUCCUGGUCUACUUCUUCUACUUUGCCUUGCUGACGGUUAUCUACCUGGGCUGUGCUGCCUGGGUCAUCAUUCGCCACUACAGGAACCAAUCGGCAGGAGGGGGAGGGGACACCGACCAGGCCACGCCCACUGAGCUAUGUUCCGUACCAUCAAACCCCGCGGAGACGGAACCUCUGUCCAAUGGGAACAACGUGAAGGCCUGAAAGAGAUAUUCCGGAAUGUUGGCAAUGAAGCCCUUUAUCUACUUCUCCAGAGUCAGAUUAACUUGUGGAGACCAUUUUUAUGUAUCUGCAUGCAGUUUGAAGGAAUUUGCUAACUAGCGUUAGCCAAAAUGCUAACUGCCGUUAGCGUAAUGACUGGAAGUCUAUCGGAACAGCUAGCAUGCAAGUUGUUCCUGUAGACUUCCAGUCAUUGCGCUAGCUAAUGCUAGUUGGCAUUGGCUCGCGAAAC